AUGCACUCGCAUCACUCGCACUCGGGGGAGUUUUGCAAGCAUGCCAAGUCGAUGCUCGAGGAGGUGGUAGCGUAUGCUUACGACAUAAAUUUUACGCAUUUUCAUCUUUCUGAGCAUACGCCGCGUGAAUAUGCGGAGCAAUUAUACCCCGAAGAAGAAGAAGCUGGGCUUACGCCAGCAGGCCUAGCGGCGCAAUUUCGCGCGUACCUGGCAAAAGCGCGUGCAAUACAGCGCGAAUAUGCAGUGCGUCCUCGCCCGAUGCAUGUGCUGGUGGGGUGCGAGACGGAAAAUAUUUCUUCGCCGGCGAGCAUUGAUUUCCUUACACGCGUGUUGCAGCCAGCAUGGGUUGCUGGUGACGACACGGCCCGCCCAAAGCAUCUUCCACCGGCUUAUGUUGGAAUAGGCGUUGUAGAUUACCUUGUCGGCUCUGUGCACCAUGCGUGCGGCGUGCCGAUCGAUUUUGACAAGUCCACGUUUGAGCGCGCGCUUCGCUGCUGCAGCGGGGAUGCAUCAAAAGCGCAGCCCAUUCAUGCACCCAUGUACUGGAAACUUUUAGAUGCAUACCUUGAUGCACAAUAUGAAGUGAUGGAUCGGCUACGGCCCGAGGUCAUUGGGCACAUGGACCUCUACCGCUUAUUUGCACCGCAAGGUCCCUGGCUCCCGAGCGCCGACUCGGAUCAAGGCGCGGCCCUGCGUAUGAAAUUGACUCGCAACAUACGGUUCGCAGUGAGCUACGGUGCACUAAUUGAAGCCAACUCUGCCGCGUUCCGUAAAGGAUGGGACGGCGAAACGUAUCCUGGCCGCGAAGUGUUGCGCAUGAUCCGCGCUGCACACGGCCGAAUUGCACUGUCUGACGACUCGCACGGUACAGAGCAGGUUGCGUUGAACUACCAGCGCUUGCGCGGCUACCUCGCUGCCGAAGGGGUAGAUGAAAUAUGGGUGCUCGAGUCGGAUCAUACCCCACACAUUCCCGAUCCACACACUGUAUGGACUACGUACAAAGAGCAGGAGGAUGCACGCAAGCUGCGCUUCGAGACAAACGGCACGUCGAGCGCUCCUCCGACACACUAUCCUCGCGGAACGCGCGCUGUCGCGCACGGUCCCUCCUGGCAGCAAGCACCGUUUUGGACUACAUUGCCGGCCUCGCGCGCCACAUAG